GUCCCACCAGCUCUGUACCAAAGAGCCGAUGCGCGGCCAGUGACCUCACGGCGCCAUAUUAAAACGGCUCCCUCCUCUUAGCUUAGCCGCCAGUCUGCCUCACAUCCACCAAGCUGACGGAGGUUAUGAUGGAAGUCGACUCGCUUCAAGAGGCACUCAGAGAUUUUGACAAGAAGACCAAGAAGGAACCAUGUCCACUGCUGGAGCAGUUUCUUUGCCACAUUGCCAAAACUGGAGAGACCCUGGUCCAGUGGUCUCAGUUUAAAAACUACUUCUUGUUUAAGUUGGAGAAGGUGAUGGACGACUUCAAAGCAUCAGCUCCUGAGCAAAGAGGACCCGCAAAUCCCAACGUAGAAUCCGUUCCUUUCGAAGACAUGAAGGAACGGAUCCUGAAGAUCGUCAACGGAUAUAACGGUAUUCCUUUUACAAUCCAGCGUCUGUGCGAGUUACUCACAGAACCAAAGAGGAAUUACACAGGAACAGAUAAAUUUCUUCGAGGAGUAGAGAAGAACGUAAUGGUGGUCAGCUGUGUUCAUCCCAGCUCAGAGAAAAAUGGAUGCAGUGCAGUGAAUAGAAUGAAUGGAGUCAUGCUUCCAGGAAAUACAUCGGCUUUCACAGAAAGAAAAGUGAAUGGUCCAGGAACUCCACGACCACUGAACCGACCAAAGGUGUCUCUGGCCAACUCUCUCUCAGCUAACGGACUGCCUGACAGCACAGAUAACAAAGACGGCAUCAACGCAGAGCAAGAGGCAGAUAAAGACUCCAGUGAGCUGUCGGCGUCGGCUGGAUCCCUAGGGAGCUCCGUCAAGAACAAACACACAGACACGGAGGAGGACAUGGAGGCUGAGCAGCAGGAAGUGAAAAGACUCAAGUUUGGCGAGGAGGAUGAUGAGGAAGAGGACGAAGAGGAGGAGGACGAGGAGGAGGAGGAUGAGGACGAGGAGCAGGAUGUGGAGGCACAGAGGUCUGCUUCGCUUGCCACCAACAUUUCGAAAGACGCCGAGGCUGAAGCCAUGGUCCAUGAGGAUGAGAAGACCAGCUGUAGCAAAGAUGCUGAAGCUUCGAGCAGUGUGACGGUAGCAGAAGACCAAGAGCCAACAAGCAGCACACCUCCUGAACCAUGUGCAAGCUCGGGCCAGGAGACGGAGCAUGCCGAGCGGGAGGUGCCCUGCGGCUCCCAGGAGGACGGCGGUGACAUGGACCAGACGGAACAGCAGGCGCCGGCCUGCGUUGUCAAGAGCCCCGAGACCAGCGGGGAAAGCAACAGCGACCCAGUGAGCAGUAGCAGCUCCCAUGUCGAGGAGAGCGCGGAAGUGGGCUCAGAAGAGGCGUCUGCGGCCCCCUCCAGCAGUACGACUGAACCUCCUGCCGAGGACGCGGAGGAAAGUUGCGCCUCGAACACUGGGACCACCGAGGAGCCCAUGGAGCAGGACUAGCCCACUGAGAGACCAUGAACCAGCUCUGAUCCCAGUGUGACUCUCGCUGGGAACGAGGAUACUGCACCUCAAACACAAGAUGAACACCUCAUCCCAAUUUUGGGUGCCCUGCUCCCUUGAAAUGGCCCCCUGCUGGCAUUGAUGUGGACUUCAAAAUAAAAUUUGAUUUCAUUUUUCUUUUUUUAACUGGAAUAUUUUAUUGAUCCCCACCCCUCCCACCUUUUUUUCUCCCCCCUCUAAAGAUCAUAUUGUUUCAGCGGCCUUUUGUUUCCUCUGUAUGUGGGAGAGCUGCGGUGGUCCUCCUGGUUCACUCACUGCAUUUGUACUGGACCCGGACACAUUUUUGUACCCUUUAAGCCCGGAACCACGCUUGUAAGGUCCGAGCCAUAACAGCCACUUGUUGAAACUGCCUGACAAGCCAAGUGGUGACCUGAGCCCAUGAUCUCCACCGGCUUCUGGACUAACCCGCUUCGCUCCCACAUUCUUCUCAGACGGACGACUUCUCUUUGCGUCUCCUUUUUGUUUAAACCAGCUGUUUUGUUGCCCGACACACUACCGAUCCCACCGAACAAUGCUAUAUAACAUGCUACCUUGUAGAGGCUCCCUCUGUAAACUGUUAUAUUUUGGAUGCAUAAAGGAACCACCAUAAUUUAUGAUUUCACUUCACCCAGUUGUUUUUGUUCGCCGGUUGUAGUUUCUGAAAAGACAGCUGAGGACAAAGAGCUGCUUUCUUUGUAUCGUGACGUCACCUCGUUGUUUUGCCAGAAGAGUUACUGGGUCGCCACUUCCACACACGUUUCUGCAGCUGUACUUUUUGAUAUUUAGAAUUUUAAAUUUCUGUAAAGUAGAUUUUUGUAGAUUGUAAUACGGUAAGUGUUCACUGCCUUUGUGAAAACAUAUAUAAUUGUAUAAUUUCCGUGUAUACUCUGGAUGCUUUUGCUCUCGAUGCGGUAUUCAGAAACAGCAAUAAAU